CACCACUCUAUCCUAAAUCGCCAUGGGUCUCUCUGAUUUCUUGUCCAGCCUUAUGCCUACUGUCUACGCCGAAGAGGUGGAAGAGGUCGUUGAAGAGGUCGAAGCUGAGCCUGUUGAAGUUGUCGAGGAAGAAGAAGAGGAAGAAGAGGAGCCCGAAGACCCCAAGGAAGCCAUUAUGGAGGAAUGUGCCCAGGAAUGCUCUUCCCUCAAGAAGCAUCUCGAUGAGUGCAACGAGCGCGUAGAGAACGGCUCCCACGAGAACUGCAUCGAGGAGUUCUUCCAUUUCAUGCACUGUGCUGAUGAAUGUGCUGCUCCCAAGAUCUUUGCUGCCACCAAAUAAAUUGCACUUUAUUUUGUAGAUUUAUGUUCAAUAAAACGGUCGUCCCCCGCAACGCUACUUUGUUACAUUACUUCAUAUACUUGUAAUUAUUAUCAUUAUUACUGUUUGCACCCGUAAAGAAAACUAGUAGUAAAAAAAAAAGACAAAACAAAAACCAAGAAUGAAAAUCAAAUUAAUUAAAGGGUAUAAAAUCAAAUAAAAUUAAACAAAAUCUAUUAUUGGUGUAAGU